UGUCAUUAAACAAUCAAGUAACAUUUCCAUAGAAAACAUGGCUUCCACCAGCCUUGCCCAAAAUAUGGGUGUAACACAUUCCAACAUGUUGGAUAUGGUCCUCUCGCCGUACACCUACUUGGAAAAUUCCGGCAGUAAAAAUUUAUCUAGAAAGACGGGCCAAUUUUUUAAUCAGUGGUUAAAAGUUGAAGAAAAAUAUGUCACCGCGGUUGGCGAUAUUUCGAACAUGUUGCACCAGUCGUCACUCUUGGUGGACGACAUCCAAGAUGACAGCGAUUUGCGUCGCGGCGUUACCGCGGCACAUUUAAUCUACGGUGAUCCGUUAACCAUGAACGCGUCGGCGUACAAGAUGCUCAAAGCGACGCAGCUGGUCCACACGGUCUUUCGCGAUAAAGAGCUGCUCCACAGAUUUUGCAAGUAUAUGAAAUUCCUCCAUAUUUCGCAGGGGAUGGAUUUGUACUACAGAGAUUAUCAGUGUCAAGACAACGAGGACUUUGAAGAGGAUAAGAUUCCCACCGAGAAAGACUACAAUGACAUUUUGGUGCACAAAACGGCCGGUCAACUAAUGCUGAUGGCAACCUUACUUGGUUCCAAAAGUACGACAGAAGUCGACAUAAUUCCAUUGGCACAACUAAUCGGACACCAUUUCCAAAUUCGGGACGACUAUUUAAACCUUAUGUCAAAACAGUACGAAGAGAAGAAAGGAUUUUGCGAGGAUCUGACCGAAGGAAAAUUCAGUCUUCCAGUCAUUCGCACGCUACAUUCCGACCAUAAAAGGGAAGCCGGCCGACUUUACCAAAUUAUUCGAAUGCACACCAAAGACAAAGGUGUACUUCAGGAAGCCCUUGAUAUUUUGAAAGCUACUGGGGCAAUCUGCUACACAGAAAAUAGGAUGCGAGAAUUUAGAAGUGCCGUCAUGAAGGAGCUCAUUGUUCUGGGAAGUGAAAUGGAUAUUACUAAAUUGAUGGAAAUUAUUGGGAUUAAUAUGUAAAUGUAGUCUGCUACUUUGUCUCUUUGGAAUUUACAUGAACAUUUAUGUAAUUUAUCUUUCGAGUAAACACAUCAAUUAAAAUAUUUUGAAUUUA